AUAGCACCGGUUACCCUGCGACCUUCACCUUCUUAUGAUUUACAUGUUUCUUAAUGAUAAAAGAUCAUUUUCAGUGUUUUAUAAGCCAGAGGAAAACAUGAGACUUACCAGCACUAUACAACAGAUAAAGACAGUUGUCUGUGGCAUGUCAGGCGGCGUUGACAGUGCUGUUUCAGCCUUGAUAUUAAAAUUGAAAGGAUAUGAGGUGAUUGGGUUGUUCAUGAAGAAUUGGGACACAGUAAAUGAACAUGGUGUAUGUACUGCUGAUGUAGACAGAGAAGAGGCUAAGUUUGUUUGUGAUCACCUCAGCAUACCUUUCCUUGAAGUGAACUUUGUAAAGGAGUAUUGGAACGAAGUGUUCAGUGCAUUCCUUAAGGAUCUAAACCAAGGCAAGACACCCAACCCAGAUGUAUUAUGUAACAGAUAUAUAAAGUUUGAUGCCUUCUACAAGCAUGCUAUACAGUAUCUAGGUGCUGAUGCCAUAGCAACAGGACACUAUGUUAGAAGUAGUGCUGGAUACAAUCUAGAUGAUGUUGAUGAUAAAAAAGGUGUGGAAUUACUACAGGCAGCUGAUAAGAAGAAAUGUCAGACAUUAUUUUUGUCUCAGAUAUCCCAGAAUGCCUUGCGCCAAGCAUUAUUUCCUGUUGGUGAUUUGUUAAAACAAGAUGUGAAACGAAUAGCACGAGAAGCAGGAAUGGAACGUAUAGCAAACAGAAAAGAAAGUAUGGGAAUUUGCUUUAUAGGCAAAAGAAAUUUUCAUGAGUUUUUAGAAGAAUAUAUAGAACCAAGACCAGGAAACUUUGUUAACCUUGAAACUGGAGAGAUAAUGGGACAACAUAAAGGUGUACAUAACUGGACGAGAGGACAGCGUGCUUUAAUUGGUGGAUUACCAGAGGCCAUGUUUGUGGCAGAAAAAGACCUUGAAACUAAUGACAUAUUCUUGGUACAAGGCACAGACCAUCCUGCAUUGUUUACUCAGACUAUGUUCACAGAGGAAUGUCACUGGAUCAACAAACCACCACGGCCACUGAUUACAGAACAAAUGUUUGAUUGUGAAUUUAAAUAUCAACACAUCUUGCCACAGAUCAACUGUACGGUGACAUUGAGUGGCGGGAACUCAUUAAUUGUGUCAUUAGAUAGACCUAUAAGAGCUUUAAAUGCUGGACAAUAUGCUGUGUUGUAUGAUGGUGAAGUAUGUUUGGGAAGCGCAAAAAUAAGACGACCCGGUCCGUCAUUGUUUACCAUGGGUCAUAGAGAACGAAUCAAAGAAUAUGUUACAUGAUAUUUAUUGAUGUUUUAAUGUGCCCAUUUGUCUUUCAAAUAAAUUUUUAAUCAUUA